UUUAUUUUGGUGGAAACGUCUGCUUCCUGUCCCACAGUCCCGCUGCCCCACCUCCCCACUGCGGCGGCGCUGAAGACGCACGCCGUGACCUGGGCGGCCAACAUGGUGGCGCAGGAGGCCGUGCCGUCGUCCUACCCGGACCACGAGGUCAACACGCUGGGCGUGUUCAGCGUGCAGCACAACGGGCGGCAGCACGGCAGGACAGACGGCGUGUGCCUCAACACCCUGGUGGCGCUGGUGCCGGACCGCGUGGGGCGCGACGAGGACGGGCUGAAGGUGGAGCGGCCGGCGGCGGCGGCGACACCUCCCCCCGUGGAGAACCCGCGGUAUAUCUGGGUGGAGGUGCAGAAACCAGAGCUGAGAGGGAAACUGCUGGAGAUGAGCAGAAACUCCUCCCUGGUCCCAAUCCACAGCCUGUACUGAAGUUACAGGACUCUUAUUGUGAAAGGAGCUAAAGAACUUCCUGCUCAGGUCAAACUGGACCCUGAUUUUAUCUCUCUGAGCUGAGCUGUUGGAAUCAGCACGAGUCGCUUUAAAAGAUGAGUUUAAAAGUUUUCUGAGUUAAAAACCAACCAGUUCACAGAAUCAAACAGGUUAGUUUUUAACUGGUUUACACGUUUAUAACUGGUUUACACGUUUAUAACUGGUUUACACGUUUAUCACCAGUUAGUGAAACAUGAACACGUUCCUGUGGGAACAUGACAGCUUUUAACAACAAGUUCACGAUUUUACAGCUUUAAAAGGUUUUAUCUGAAACCUUCAAUAAUAAAAUACAAUUUAAUCAAAGAAAACAAGCCUCAACUUUAGAACCUUCAGUAUAUUUAUUUAUAACACAAGAAGAUUUUAGUCAUUUUAAUAAAAAACAAGUCAGAGGGAUUAUUUUGCUAACUGGAGAAUCAUCAAGUAUUUAAAGUAAAGUUCAUUACAGCAACACAACUUCCACAGACUUUUUUCUCAGAACUCUGAGAUUAAAGUCAGAAUUCUGAGAUUAAAGUCAGA